AUGAUUUCACCAGCCUUUUGGUCGCUUAGCGGCAGAGAAAUAAAGAUCACACGCAGUGACGACCCAAGCCACACCCUUCUGUUGCAGACCACAGGCAGCUGUUUGGGUGGACAAACAUUCCGAUCGAAAAUCACAAAUUAUGGCGACUUUACAAAUGGCAAAGUCUGGGCCAGUGAUCGAUGUCUAGGAAGCUGUACGGUUCAAUAUGGCGGACAGUACAAGUCAACAGACGGGUUUCAACAGGCUGAGUGCAGUAGAAACGUCCAAAGUGCUGACAAGAUCGGCUUCUGGUGUGACUGGGGUAGUGGUGAUGCAUCGGUGAUGAUGAUUGGUGGAGGAGGAAAAAGCUGUAAGCGUGCUGAUCAUGGGAUUGGAAUUACAGAAACUAACGCUGCUUCUUUUGUUGACGACGGAUCCAGUGAGACUGAAUAUGACUUUAGUUAUAAUGCUAACACAGGAAACGCUCCAUCCCAGUCCUACUCGUUGAACUUAUGGAUCCGUUGA